CCAAACUUCCUUUGAGAAAAAUUAUAUUUCCAUAUAAAAUAUCAGUAGAAAACUAUAGCAUCAGUGUAUAAAAAGAUAAUAAUAUUUCCAAUUAGUAGUGUUCAAGAAUUUAUUUUAAGACGUCAUACAAAUAUCAACUUCUAUUUGGUUAAAUACUUGACAUAUAAUAGCAGUCGAUAUGUCGAUUAAUAUGAAACGCACCUAAUGUACCUCUUCUCUUUUGAUCCUAACUGGAGCAUGCACCAGCCUUUAUGGACUACUGUUGCAGCGUUUCUGUUUAUAAAUGCUGAAAAAUGCCACCAAAACAAAGGAAAAUAGCCAUUAUGGGUUAUAGAUCUGUUGGCAAGUCAUCACUGAGCAUACAAUUCGUCGAGGGACAGUUCGUGGACUCAUAUGACCCUACUAUAGAAAAUACAUUUACAAAAAGUACUCGAGUAAAUAGUCAAGAUUAUGAAGUUAAAUUGGUAGACACAGCAGGUCAAGAUGAAUAUAGUAUAUUUCCUACACAGUAUUCUAUGGACAUCCAUGGUUAUGUCUUGGUAUAUAGCAUAACCAGUGCUAAGAGUUUUGAAGUUGUACAAAUUAUUUAUGACAAGUUAUUGGAUAUAACGGGAAAAGUCCAUGUCCCAAUUGUAUUAGUAGGAAAUAAAACGGAUUUAUAUGUAGACCGAAUGAUAACAACAGAGCAGGGUAAGCGAUUGGCAGACUCUUGGCACGCAGCUUUCUUAGAAACAAGUGCAAAACAAAAUGAGUCUGUUGCAGAUAUUUUUCAUACAUUAUUGAUUGAAAUUGAAAAAGCAGAUGGAAAUGUACAAGAAAAGUCAAAUUGUAUUGUUUCCUGAGCUAUAUUAGCUGGGAAUAUGAUAAUACAAUGUAAAUGUAUAAAACCAAAUGAUAAAAUUGGCAUUAUAUUAAUACACGUCCGAAAACAAAUUAAGUGUAAUAAUAUUAAAAUAUAAAAUAGCAAAUGUAAAACAGUUAUGUCUCUUCAUGUUGUACAAGUCAAAAAUAUUAUAAAUAUUGUGUAUUCGAGAAUAUACCUAAUAUAAGUAUUUUCAUUAUUUACUUUUGCG